AUGGGUGAAACACAGAGUCCCCCGCGACUCAGCCCAAGAAAGAAGCGGGCACAGAAGCCCCUCGGCAAUGGAUUCUUCGGCGGUAUCAGGGAGACACCAGGCCGGGCGGCUCCCCCUCUCUCGAGUGCAGCACCGUCGUCAUCGCCGGCCUUUGCAACACCAGCUCACACCUUGCGGCCCUUCAACCCACAAAAGCCCGCCGGGGCAGCCAUCCUCCCGAUCCUCUUACCGCCAGCGACACUCCGCCCAUUGGCCUUCCGAACCUUUACCAAAAAGCACAGUCUAACACUCACAUCUUCUGCCUUGCAAGAGCUGGCGUCCUUUGUUGGCCGGCAUUGUGGCUCAGGAUGGCGCGAGGAGGGCUUGGCCGAGCGUGUGCUCGAGGAGGUGGCAAAAUCGUGGAAGGCUGGCAAUGGCGGAGUGAUAGUCGAUGGGGCUAGCCCCAUAUUGAAAGAUAUCCUCAAGACGCUGGAAGGUAACAUGGUCGGGGGCAAGAUUGUGACGGGUGGCGGAAAAGGCUUGGCUCGACAGAAUAGUCUUCUGUUGGACCCCUCAAAGGAACCCGACUAUUCUUCUACCACCCGCCUGGGUCUGAGACCAUCUCUUUCGCUUCAACGCGAUGACAGCCAGUCUAGUAUGGGCAUGUCUGGACUCAACUUCGAGGAAGAGCCAGAGGAAGAUACGCUCAGUGAUCCAAGAAAGUGGCUGAAGGUUGUUGGGGCAUAUGAACAACCACGGAUGGUUUAUAACGUGGCGAAAAAGCACUUUGAGAGGGAUGCCUCUAAACCUUCGAUAUUACCAACGGCUUCUCAUAAAACACUUUUGUUUCGCAAUCGAUUCAACGUCAUCCAUCAGCGCCUUCUUCGUAACGAAGCUUUUCAAACAUCCGCCGUCGCUGACACAAAACGUGGCUCACUUUCCCGCUCAACAUCAGCCCUCUCAUCGCAACACUCAUAUAAAAUCACACCCAUCGCCAACCUGCUCGGCCGGCAUGGCAGCCACCAUAUGCUCUUAGGGAUGUUGGUGAUAAUGCCGGCAGGCAACCUUGCCGUUAGUGACCUUACCGGAACCAUUGCGCUGGACGUCACCCAAGCAGCCACCAUUCCAGACGACUCUUCAUGGUUUACUCCAGGAAUGGUUGUGCUCAUCGAUGGUGUUUACGAGGAGGAGGAUGACCAUACCGCAAAAGGCCUGAGUGGCAGCAGCGGAAUUGGUGGCACCAUUGGCGGUCGAUUUCAGGGGUUCUUCAUCGGCCAGCCGCCAUGCGAGAAGAGGCGAGCGACACUGGGUGUCAGCGGACCAGAAGGCGACGGACUGGAGCACACGAUAGGGGGUGGCUUCGGAUGGAUCGAUUUUCUGGGGGUCGGGAGCGAGCGUGCGAUGGGCCCAAGGAUGCGAAAGCUAGAAAGACGUUUAUUGCGCCAACCACAGCUUUCUCGACAAGAUAUGGCCGCAUCAGUACUUGAGUCUAGUCUUUCCUCGACGCUCCCAAGACGUGGCCGAAUGAUCAUCCUAGGCGAGCUUAAUCUCGACCAGCCUCGCGCUCUGCAGGCGCUGCGCAAGAUCCUGGCAACAUAUGCCAACGAGACGGACAACGAUGGCAGCGAAGACGAUGGCGCCGAUGACACGGUCGCAAGCACGAAACCCAACAAGGUUACUACACCUUUGGCCUUUGUCCUUGCAGGAAACUUUUCAUCCCAGGCAGUCAUGGCUCGGAACGGAGCAGGUGGAGGUGGCGGAGGCGGAUCCGGUGGACUAACCGGUAGUGGCGGAGGUGGUAGUAUCGAGUAUAAGGAAUACUUUGAUUCACUCGCGGGGACUCUGGCUGAAUUCCCGUCUCUCCUACGAGAAUCUACUUUCGUCUUCGUUCCGGGCGAUAAUGAUGGCUGGGCCUCGUCAUUCGGCGCAGGGGCCGCCGUGCCACUGCCGCGCAAGCCCGUCCCAGACCUCUUCACAUCACGAGUUCGUCGCGCCUUUGCCACCGCUAACGCUGAAGGGUCCUCCUCACGAGCGAACGGGCCUGGGGGCGAGGCCGUCUUCACCACCAACCCGAGUCGCGUGACGCUGUUCGGUCCAAAUCACGAAAUAGUGGUCUUCCGCGAUGAUAUAUCGGCGCGCCUACGGCGGAGCGCUGUGCGGCUCAAAGGCUCGUCCUCUACUUCCUCUGGCACGGAGCACAACAACAACGAAUUGCGCAUUUCAGAUGACGCCCCGGGAGCAGGAGACAUGGAAGUCGACGAACAACCUGAUUCGGCCGUUGAGAGCGCGGCUUCAAAACAGCCAAGCCCAGAUGCAGUGCCGCACGAUGUACGUGCGGCUCAGAAGCUCGUCAAGACGAUCCUAGACCAGGGAUAUCUGGCACCGUUUCGCACAGCUAUCCGUCCCGUGCACUGGGACCACGCCUCGGCGCUACACCUUUACCCGUUACCAACCGCACUCGUGAUGGCCGACGCGACGGCGCCGCCCUUUUGCGUCACGUACGAGGGGUGCCAUGUUAUGAACCCGGGACCGUUACUCGUGCCGGGGAGGAGAGGAGUGGCGAGAUGGGUGGAGUAUAAUGUUGGGCAUCGAGGAAACAUGAAAGAGUGUUUAUUUUGA